AUGCGCACUGAAUUUGAUGUGCGGUAUUUUUUUCUACUCUGCAGUUCUAAGCUCCUUCUGAUGCGCCUGCUCCUUGCGUCAUGUAGUGGUGGACUGGUUGGUCUCAGAAGACUCGGAGGUCUCCCAAGAGUAGCGGGCAGCUCGUUACUCGGUAUGGCUCGGGUCCUCAGUAUUGAGAACGUAGACCAGAAAACUCUAGAAGAAGUGUUGCAAGAGACAUCUGCUGCUCUGAGAGGAGGUGGAGUCGUUGCCAUACCAACCGAUACAAUCUACGGCGUGGCCUCGUUAGUUUCAAGUAACGAGGGGAUAGAGAGGAUAUACGAGAUGAAGGGGAGAUUGAGAGACAAGCCCCUGGCAAUCUGUGUCAGUGAGGUUGAGCAGGUUUAUAGGUGGGCCAAAGUGACAGUUCCGUCUAGUCUCCUGUCCAGUCUCCUCCCUGGGCCAGUCACCACAGUCUUUGAGAGAGGAGGAGACCUGAACCCUGCCCUCAACCCGGGACUCCCUCUGGUGGGACUCAGGAUCCCAGACUCCUCCUUUUUCCGCUGUCUGGUGGAGCAGUGUGGCUGUCCUCUGGCCCUCACCAGUGCCAACCUCAGUCACUCCUCCAGCACUCUCUCUGUACAGGAGUUCCGAGAGCUGUGGUCGUCUCUGGAUGUGGUGGUGGAUGGAGGAGUCAUCUCUCAUGGAGGAAGAGGGGGAGAAGAGGAGGCCAGUAGACUGGGCUCUACUGUAGUAGACCUCAGUCACACCGGAUCAUUCUCCAUCAUCAGACCUGGAAUGUGUGUCGGAACCUUUAUGCGCACAUUUGUACACAGCUAUAAUACUAAGCAGCUACAGUGUAACCUCGUUACGAACACUGUUAAAGCGAAAUACCUGCUUAAUAACACUAAUUCAACUAUUACAAUUCCUUUUAAUAUGAACAUUUUGAUGCAUUACCAGCAGACUGUGAAGUUACUCAGAGAUGAAUAUCACUUGAAGGAAAUUGUCAUUUGAUAAUUAUAUUUUUAUCUCCCACAAUCACUAACUGGUGAAAAUUCCUGUCAUUUUGCUCAUUCUCAUCAGUGAUAGUACCCUGCUAACCAAAUUAGAAAAAAGUGGGUGGGAAAGGAAGAAUGUAUCAUGAAUACUCUUUAGACACUGACUCCGCCAUUCGCUCCGCCAGGGGGAGACUCUUACUUGGUCGUGGCUAACACCGACAGAAUUAUAUACUGUCGACUGAAGAUAUAUACAAGCCAGCGGACCACACUCAUUUUUGCUGCGAAGCCCGGCCGGUGGCAGUCAGAACCUUUGCCUACGUCAUAC